AUGUCAAGUACGUUGGAGCAAGAUCGAAAUAGAUUUUGGAAACUUCUUAACCUCACCAAGAAAAAUAAACCAAGUGACGUUAAUCUUGAGAUAGGUGAUGAAAUGGUGCAUGAUCCGCAUAAGAUCACUGGUUUGUGGGCGAAUUAUUUUGAAGACUUGCAUGAGUUUAAACGAUAUGAAAAUGAAAACAUCUUUGAUAGUGGUUUCCUGAAGGGCAUUAAAUCUGAGAUUCAUCGAUUGGAUCUUCUCGAAGAUGAGAGUGACACUGUUCUCGCCCAACCGUUCACACUCUACGAG